CCUUUCUCCCUCAAAAAAAGUUAAUAAAAAGAUUUGUGUUCCUAAGCUCAGAGUUUCUCUUGUAAUGCAAGCCAGUGCACAUGCAGGCAUUCACUGACACCCAUCCCUGUGACACCCAUGUCAGCAAGAGGUGCUGACACACAUAUGCUGAUGUUGCUGUGCCAUGAGGAAUCAAGUCCUUGUCUCUGACCCAGGUGUUUUUUGGCACACCCAUGACACUCGGGCAAGUUAACUCGUUAGCAUUUGAGAGCAAAACUUCAGACCCUCCACAGUUCUUGACAGAAUUGUCCCCAUGUGACUAGGACAUUCCUGGGAGCCGUUCUGUUCUCCUUGUCCUCCGUCCCACCCACCUGCCUCCACCAAACUGGGAGAUGCCCGAGGGAGUGACCCCAUUCUCCUCCACCCUCAGACUUGAAGGGAAACCAAAUCAUUCUUCCCCGUCAGACUGAGGCUCUCCGGAGCUGGGUUUGCAUCCUCUGACCCCUCUGCAUACUCCUGUCUCUGCCAACGCAUGCCGCUGUGAAGGCCAGGAAAACUCAUUUCCAGCCUCCAUGAUUUUGUCCCCUCCCCCAGCUCCAGUUCUCACACACACCUACACCACAUUCUGGAGCUACACCCAGCUCUUGCCUGGGCCCUGCUUCCUACUGGACUUGGAGGCGUGUCCUCUGCUUCUUGGAGCUAAGGCAAUGAGCUGGAAGUAAGUUGAGGGGGGAGCCAGAGUGAGGAAGGAUAAAGACAGAAAAGGGAGGAGAGAACAUAAUGAUACAAAUAAACAUAAUGCUUUGAAUGCUUUCUGUAGGCCAGGUAAAGUCUGGUACUGUGUGACUAUCUCUGAUUUACAGAUGAAGAGACUGAGGGUCAGAGACAACAUGCUGAAGGUCAGAUAGAUCUUACGCUUAUGUGGUUGAGCUGGGAUUUGAACCCAGCCUGCAGCAGGCCAACGCCACUCCUUUCUCUCUUAUAAUGCCUUGCCAAGAGGGGAAGGUAGGGGACACCAAGGUUUAAGUGCUCUUCGAGGCUCUAGAAAAGGCAGCUAUUCCUUGGUGGGACCCUUUGGGCAGGUAAAAUUCUAGCCCCACCCCCUGUGAUCCAACAGAGGCCCUGGAGAUCAAAGUUCUAUGUGUCCUGGGACUUCCCUCUCAUCCCAGUCCCUGAUCAGGGGAAGAGGACAGCCCAGCCUUGGCAAGAAUGGAUAAGCACGGAGUGAAGACUCCCUUGUGGAAGAAGGAACUGGUAGAGCCGCAGGCCAGAGAGGCUGCGGCGGCGGAGGAAGAGGAGGAGGGGUUGGAGGAAGAGGAGGACGACGACGAGGACGAGGAGGAGAGGCCGCGGGAGCAGACGGCGGCCGAGGGCGAGGCGCAGGGCCGGGAGGCGGAGGGCGGCGAGGGUCGCGAGCUGGGCUCCGUGUCCUACUGCCCGCUGCGCCAGGAGUCCAGCACCCAGCAGGUGGCGCUGCUGCGGCGCGCGGACAGCGGCUUCUGGGGCUGGCUCAGCCCCUUCGUGCUGCUCGGCGGCCUGGCGGCUCCCGCGGACAGGAAGCGGAGCCUCCCGGAGCCGCCGUGCGUGCUGGAGACGCGGUGCCGGCCGCCGCGCGCCGGGGGCUGUGCGCGCUGCGAGAUCCUUUUCUGCAAGAAGUGCAGGAACCUGCACAGCCACCCGGCCUACGUGGCGCACUGCCUUCUGGAACACCCGGAUCUGCGUGAGGUGCGGGCUUCGGGGGGCGCGGGGGCCGCCGGGGGCCCCUGAGCGCCCCCACUGCCAGCCUUUGUGCCCUCCGUCCUC